AUGAUUCGCCAACAGCAUCCUGCCCUAGCCCAUGCCUAUCGGACAUCUGAAAAGGUCGAUGCUUGGAUACUAGGGAGCAGUAUUGCAUCACUGGCUUCAGCGGUUUACCUGAUGUCGAAUGCCAAUGUACCCGCCUCAAAAAUCCAUAUUCUCGAGUCUCGAGACACCCCUGGAGAUGGCAUCACCAGUACUGGCAAUCCUUUGGACGGAUACGAUCAUCGACCUGGAUGCCUGCCAAGCUUCAACAGCAGCUGCAUGAAAAGUCUGCUUUCCUUCGUGCCUUCGGCGAACGGUUUGGGAAGGACAGUAUUGAUGGAUAUUGAAAAGUAUUAUGACGAUGAAGGCUGCCAAGAUGUCCCUCUCACACAUAUCUUGAUCAAAGAAGAUUAUGGACCGAAGAGGAUUGAAGCCAAUACACUUGACUUACAUCUCAAAGAUCGAAUGAAGCUGACGAUGCUCCUAUUGAAAACCGAAGCCACCUUGGGCAGAAAACGAAUUGACCAGAUUUUCAACAAGCCUUUCUUCAAUACUAGAUUCUGGAUUGUUUUUUCCACUAUAUUUACCUUUCAACCGUGGCACAGUGCUACCGAAUUCCGGCGGUGCCUUCGCAGCUACUUGCCCGAAUUUCGGGGCCUUAACACUAAAAAUCCCCUAGAUUGCACUCGUUUGAACCAAUUCGAAUCAAUUAUAAUGCCGAUCAUCCAGUAUCUUCAACAAGAAGGGGUUGAUUUCAGACUUGGCACCAAGGUCACAGACAUUAUAACAACAAUGGACAGUGGCAGAGAAACUGUUACAGCUAUUCAUGUAUUACAUGAUAGCUCCCAGCAAACAAUAAACCUCUGUCCCGAUGAUGUCGUUAUAGUUUCCCUUGGGUCUGUCACUUCAGGCUCGUCGAGUGGUACCAACAAAACUCCGCCAGUUCUAACGACAAUGUUAGACGACGACAGGUUAGAUGAAAAUUGGUCAUUGUGGCUAAAUUUACGAACACGGAGUCCGAGAUUGGGCGAUCCAUAUAAUUUCUGCACUCAUGUCACAGAUUCUAGGUUAGAGACCUUUACUGUCACACUCAAGGAUGCUGAGUUUUUCGACCGCUUCGUCAAACUGACGUGUGACAAGCCCGGCACUGGGAGCUUAGUAUUCUUGAAAGAGAGCGGUUGGAAGAUCAGUGUGUGUAUCCCACGACAACCAUUCUUUUCUGUUCAACCCGACAAUGUGCAAACUUUCUGGGGAUAUGGUCUUUGUCCAGAACGCCAGGGAAGCUUUGUGAAAAAGCCGAUGCUGGUCUGUUCUGGGGAGGAAAUAAUGAUUGAGCUAUUAUGGCAUCUCGGUUUCCCUUCGGAAUCAAUCCUCAAGAAUUCCAUCACAGUCCCAUGCGUGAUGCCACGGAGGACAGCCUCACUACUACCCCGAGCUUGUGGAGAUCGUCCGAACGUGAUGCCAGAGGGGAUGGCUAAUCUCGCCGUGAUUGGCCAAUUUGUGGAAAUACCAGAUGAGACGAACGUGAGCUUGGAUUAUGGUGUGCGAGGAGCCCAGUUAGCAGUGAUCCAGCUGAUGGGUCUCCAAAAACAACCAGAGAACGCAAAAAGAAGGCUUGACCUUUCGUUAUUUGCUGCUUGGAGAUGA